AUGGUGAUCAUUUUUGUUAUUUUGGUUAAUGCUAGUCUUGUAGUUAAUACAGAAGAGAUUGUAAGAAAACAGAAUAUUCCUAUAGGGGCCGAAUAAGUACCAGAUUUUGGAGUUGUGAUUGGCUAAGGCAAUAAAAUACCUGCAUAUUCUUGCUAAAAUGACACUCAACAUAUAGCUGAUCUGCCACAUUAUUUGUAGCCAUAAGAAUCCGGUUUAAAUUAAACAGUUUAUGUUGGAAUGAGAUAUCAAUGUGUUCAUUAUGCAAGGUAUUAUUGGAUUUUGAAAUAUGCAUCUGCAUUUCCUGAUAUUGAUACAGCAGAUCAAAUAUUUGAUUUAGAUUUUGCAUAUGAUUAUUUAAAUGGAGGUAAAAGGCAGAUUCUUCAAUUUAAAAAUGGAGGAAAAGAAAAACCUUUACCAGGAGAUCUAGUGAUUUGGAAUAAAAGUGAACCAUAUUAUCCUUUCGGACACGUUGCAGUAGUUUUGGACGUACAAUUAUCUGAAGAUCAUCCUUUUGUUACCAUAGGAGAAUAGAACUAUGAUGAUAUUUGGGAUUCUCAAUACUACGCACGAAAAUUAUAGGUUACAAAAAAUGACUUAGGAAACUAUUACAUUGUUAACAAACGAGAGAUAACUAAUUUACAUCCAUCAGAAAAAUGUCGAGAUUAUAGUGGAAGUGCAAAUGAUGCUAUAAUUGGAUGGGUUAGACUAAUAUGA